CUUCAUGUCGGACCAUUGGUCUGGGGUGACGUCAUCGACAGUGCAGACAAUAGCGCCCUCUUUCAGUCACCGUGUCGUCACAUGCACGCACGCGCGCACGCCGCACUGACAGGCGCUCCGCCGUGACGCCCGCUGAUGACAUUUUCUUUUCUCUCUCAGCUCGUCUGUGCGCCUCCCGGUUGAAGCGGUUCUGGGUUUUUGGGUUCUGGUUUCUCCUCCCGUCCUUCGAUGACUUGAACGCGGCUCCGAUGAUCCACAUCUGGAGGCGAGCGGCGCGUGGCGCCGCGGUGCAGCCAUGAGGAUCUCUCUGCGCUGCGCACAAAUGAUGAACACACUACGGGACUGUCGCUCCUGAUUGAUGCAUAGACCCAGAUGCCUCCCCUCCCUCUUGACGAGCGCAUAGUGGUUAUUCAGCGCCCUAAGAACUUAGGCCUGUGCGAGUCUUCCCCACAGUCCAUCCCAGUGCCCAACUCUCAACUAUCAGCUUCCUCAAAUGGACACAUCAUCCAUCUUCCUCACCUGCGCCAUCCACAGUCCAACUUCUACUCAUCUCCCUGUAAAUCGCUGACUCUGGAUUGCAAGCACAGAUCUUCUCAUGCACAGAAAUUCAAAGGCAACCAGCCUGUUGUCCCAGUGGUUGGCAGACACACUUCUAGUCACUGCCACAGCAAUGGUACAGUGACUCUUGGCCCACGGCUGCCCUCACACACACACACAAUAGAUAUCAGGGUGACUGUGGACAAGAGACGAGGUGGUGGACCCAGUAACACAAUAUGGCGAAGUGGAAGUGCAAAAAGUAGCAGGGGCAAAUGUGUUUCUUCAGAUUUGGACAAGGGACAAUGUGAGAGAAGAAUCGGAAUCACAGCAAGGCCACUCGGACCUGAACACCAGUCUCAGCGAAGUUACCAAAGCCAGCUGACAACUUCAUCUGAAGGGACCAUCCAGUUUGUCCCUACCCAGGUACAGCAGCAUAAGCUCAGGAGUGAAAAGCAAAAGGAAAACGCAGCGGCCUUUCUGGGCAGAAAAGACCAGGAGUUUCUCUCUCUGGAUCCCAAGAAGUAUUUCAAACUGGGAAGUGUUCAUCAAAGCCACAAUAGCCACAAUCUGUCCCACCAGCACAACUCUGUCCCAGUUCCCCAUGCUGCCAUCUUAAACUCAAGCUACCCCUCACCCCCUCCCUCCCAGCCCACCCAUGCCCCAAUAUCAUUUCAGCACCUCAGCCAGCCCUGCCAAUCCCAUAGUAGGGAUCCCCGACCCCUCCUUCUCCAUGGUCUUCCCAUCUCCCCCUGCUCCUCCCAGGGUGGAGGCUUCCCCAGCCCUGAUCAUACCUGCACCAUAGACUGCAGCCACCCAUUCAGUUGUGGGUGCUGGAGGUUAGUAAGAUGCAGAGGUUGUAGAAGACAUUCUGCUGGCUGCCAAGAAGGAGGAAACUCUUCCACCCCCUUUUCCUGUGUUCACAGAGUUGGAGCAGUGAACAGAGGAGGUAAAGAAAUGGGCCUAAGAAAUCUGGGUGGCUGUCUCUCCACUGCCUCCACCUCCAACACAUCUUCUUCUACCAGCACUGUGUCCGACUGCCGAGCAAACCUGUUCAAACCCGUCAGCUGUGCUUCCUGCUCCAGUGAGGCCCGAAACUUUGAGAGUCCUGCUAUCCUUCGUAAGAAGCUCAUUGGAGGAUGUCUGCCCUGUACCCCGCUGUCUUCCUCGGCCCCCCUGCGGGUGCUGCAAAGCUGCGUGACAGGCUGCAACCCUAAAGCCAGUCAGACCACCAGCUCAACCUGCAGCUACUGUAGCAGUGACCCCAUUGUGGUGACACUCAACCCUCGGCGAGGCAAGUCCCCAGGAAGAGGGAGCGGAGCAGCUCAUCCAAUGGGUAUGUUCCAAACUGAUGAUGAUGACUACAGCGUGCGGACUAUCUGGCCUGAGGAGUUGGCUAAAAAGAUGACGCAUUCAAAAACCCCUAAGAAUCACUGUGCGGGAAUAGGAGUAGCAUUGGGAAAGACAUCCGCAAGUGUGGCCCAAAACGGCAGUAACGGAAGAGGCCUUGCUCUACUGGACUGUCAGAACCUACAGUCUCAACUAACAGACCAUGCUGGCCGGCGUCGGCUUCAGCAGGGAAAGAUGGCUGCUUUUGAUUUUGUGGGCUGCAGGUUGGGCGAAGGCCAAAACUCACUGAAGAGACUCCUGAACAAAACUGAGGACUCUGGGAUGGGGGAUACAGCUGAGCAAGAUGGCGAUGCAGCAUAUCUUCAAUCCCCGCCUCCUCGAUCCGCCUCCCCACUAUCACCACUUUCUUUUUCACCUCCACCAUCUGCCCCGAGUACACUCAUCAAACCCAAACCAUGGCAGAGAGAAAGGGAGGGAGGGCACACUCUGCCAUCAGCUAAGUCCCUUCAUCUGGCCUUGAACUCGCUGAACCGAGAGCAAGAUGAGGAUAACAGCAGAAUGCACCUGUCUCUGCCACUCUCCUCCUCACUGCCAGCGUCCCUGUCCGAUGAGACUGUAAUGACUCCAGAUGCCGAAAACGCUGUGAUCAGUCCCAUCCUGCCCUUCCUGUUUUUGGGAAAUGAGAGAGAUGCCCAGGACCUGGAGCUGCUGAUGCGCCUCAACAUCGGCUACGUGGUCAACGUAACCACACACUUGCCCCUCUACCAUCACAACUCCGGACUUCGCUACAAACGGUUGCCUGCCACUGAUAACAGCAAGCAAAACCUACGGCAAUACUUUGAAGAGGUUUUUGAGUUCAUUGAGGAGGCCUAUCAGAGUGGACAGGGAGUGCUGGUGCACUGCCAAGCAGGCGUCUCCCGUUCUGCGACCAUCGUCAUUGCCUACCUUAUGAAGCACACCCUCAUGACCAUGACAGAUGCCUACAAAUAUGUGCGGAGCCGCCGUCCUGUGGUGUCACCCAACCUCAACUUCAUGGGUCAGCUUUUGGAGUUUGAGAGGGACCUCAACUCCGGGGUGACUCCCCGCAUCCUGAUGCCUAAACUUAGCGGCGUGGAGACGCAGGUGUGAGAAAGGUCAAAGGUCAGAAGCGCUUUGGGUUGCCACAGUUUAAAAGGGAGAAGAACUGAGAUUAAAGUGGCAUUAAUAUAAUACAAGAUGCAGCACAUUUUAAGUGGGAGAAAUAUAUGAAAGAAAAAAAAAUGUUUUUGGUAAUUUGUGCCCUUUUGAUUUUGUGGAAGAGGAGACAAAUCGAUGGAUGCUUCAACAACCAAACGGUUGAUGAAGCAUCGGCGUGCAGACA